AUGUCCAGUGCCCAAAAGCCAACCCACCCUGUUAACCAAAAGCCAAACCAUCCCGGUGCCCAAAAGCCAACCCACAUUCCGUUGACGAAAAGCCAAUCAACCACCGGAGCCCAAAAGCCAACUCACUCCCAGUGCCCAAAAGCCAAGCCACCCCGGUUCACAAAAGCCAACCCACCCCUUACUGAUAAAGGAAUGUUGAUCCUGCGUUUUUGUUUCAUUCAGAAAGAACCGAACACCUACGAUUCGGGAUUUGCUUGUUUGCCAUGCGCACCCGGAUGCGAGACUUGUGAAGACGGACGACCGUGUAUCUUAGCGCUCAACUGGAUCCAACGAAGUAUUCUGCUUGGCAUCGCCGGUUUAAUUAUGUGCUGCAUUCCGCUUCUCAUUUGGUUUACAGUCCAAUACCGCGAAGUGAAGGUAUUGAAGGCUUCGAGUCCACUUCUUAUGCGGAUAAUUCUUCUAGGGGCCUUUUUCUUAUAUUGUCCGCAAAUUCCUUCACACACUUUCUUUUUUUCUAUUUUAUCUUUUCUUCUUUUCUUUUGUCUCUUUCUUUACUGUUCUUUCUGUUACAUUUCUCCUUUCUUUUCUCUGUGUUGUCUUCUCAUUCUCUUAUAUUUUUCUUCUUCACUUUCUCUUAUAUUUUCUUCUCGUUCUUCUUUUUUUUUUCUUUUUCAUUUUCUAUUUUUUUCGUCUAUUUUCCCUCUUCUUUUCUAUCUCUACUUUCUACUACUCCUUAUCACGAUUUUUUUUCUUCAUUCCUUUUUCCCUUACCUUUUUUUCUUUCUCUAUUUUUUUUUUAUUUUUGUCACUCGUUUUUCAUCUUCCUCCUCACUCACUCACUCACUCACUCACUCACUCACUCACUCACUCACUCUUCUUUUAUUCUUUUUCUCUUACUUUUUUCUAUCAUUCCCCCUUUGUAACUUCCUUUCUUAUUUUUCUUCUUCCCUCUCUCCUUUUGAUUUCUUCUUUUUCUCUCACUUUUUUCUCGCUCUUCUUUCCUUUUCUCUUACUUACCUUCUUUCCUCCAUACUUUUAUUAGCCUUCUCUCUCUUAUUAAUUUUCCUUCUCCCCCGCUUUCCUUCUACUCUCUACUUAUUCAUUCUCUCUCUCUCUCUCUCUUCUUUUUCUCUGUCUUUUUUUCUUUUUCUUUUUCUUUCCUCUUUCUCUUAUUUUUCUUUUUUCCUUCCUCUUUCUCUUAUUUUUCUUUUUUCCUUCCCUCUUUCUAACCUUCUCUUUCUUCUUCCUGCUGUUUUUUUGCUUUCUUCCUUCUCUCUCUCUCUCUCUCUCUCUCUCUCUCUUUCUCGCUGUCUCUCUUUUUUCUCUCUUUUCCUCUCUUUCAUUUUUCUCUUACUCCUUCUUUUUCCUCACCUCUUUCAACUCUUCUUUUUCUUAUUCAUCCACUCUCCUUUUGCUUUCUUCCUUAUUUUACUCCUCUCUAUCUACCUAUCUAUCUAUCUAUCUAUCUAUCUAUCUAUAUAUAUAUAUAUAUAUAUAUAUAUAUAUAUAUAUAUCUUUAUCACACACGCGCUAUUCUUAACUGAUCAAUUUUUGUCCUAA